GAGAGAGAGAGAGAGAGAGAGAGAGAGAGAGAGAGAGAGAGACAGAGAGAGACAGAGGAAGACAGCAGAGACCUCCUACCCAGCACCCUAGGAAGCGAACCCAUAAAAUGAAUUCAGACUCCAGCCCGAGCAGCAGAGCCUCUUCCCCGGACAUGGACGUUAUGUCUCUCCGAGACCACCACCCGCACCACCACCAUCACCACCACCUCGGCUCCUCAGUGUCCUCAUCUACGCAGUGCAGCGAGCUGCGCCAGAAGCUGAGCGCCAGCGAGCUCCUGAGGUCUGGAGACCCCAAGUCAGUAGGAAGCAGCAGCAGCAGCAGCAGUAGCAGCAGCAGUAGCAGCAACAAGUUCAAACUGAAGAAACAAGUCACCGAGGAGGAAAUGUACCACCUCCGUCUCAAGAUCAACGGCCGGGAGCGGAAGCGCAUGCACGACCUCAACCUGGCAAUGGACGGCCUGCGCGAGGUGAUGCCCUACGCGCACGGGCCCUCGGUGCGGAAGUUGUCCAAGAUCGCCACGCUGCUUCUCGCCAGGAACUACAUCCUGAUGCUUAACAGCUCCUUGGACGAGAUGAAGCGGCUGGUGGGGGAGAUUUACGGAGGGCACAACUCAGCUUUCCACUGCGGCACCGUGGCGCACGCCGGCGCAGGUGGACACCCCGCUGCCGCAGCCGCAGCCGCUGCGGCGCACCAGGUGCACCCUCUCCUCGGGAGCGCGCUGUCAACCUCCACAUCCUCCACGCUGUCGAGCACUCUGCCGGGGCUCACGUCUAUCCGAGCACCCCACGCCCUGAUGAAGGGCUCCCCGACUGCGCCCACGGCCCUGCAGCUGGGCACCGGCUUCCAGCACUGGGCCGGACUGCCGUGUCCCUGCACCAUCUGCCAGGUGCCUCCUCCUCCACACAUCCCCAUCACCUCCUCCGGCCUCACGAGACUCACAGGGGAGGGCAAGGACCUGAUGAAAUGAUGUUUGACAGACACGCGACAAAAAGAUGUAAUGAUGUUUGUAAAUAGAGAAUUUAGGGCAUGAGGGUGGAUUUGGCCUCACUGGUGCAUGUUGUUGUUUAGUCUGUUUUCUUGUUUGGCGUAUGAGAAAAAGGUGUUAUUCUCCUCCUUGUAACAAGGACUUAUAAUGACUGAUGAUUUUGCCAGUUGACGGUAAAAAGAAAAGGUUGUGUGUCAUGCAACAAGAUGCCACGAUCCUCUUGUGUCUGACUGAGUUUUAGUCUCACACCACAAUGUGAAAGGUGAACGAGACUGCAUGAACGCAUGAACAUUUUGAUUUCAUUUAGCAUUUUUUUGUAUCAGGCGUCAUUUUGUGACAACGAAGAAUGCUCUCUGUGCCUUGUACCAAGGAUUGUAAACUGAAGUUGUAAAUGAAAAUUAUGGCAUUUAUGUGUUUGGCUCAAAUGAUUCUGCCACUGCGAAAAUUUGUUUUAAAAUUCUUUAGAUUUAUUUUUAUUCUGUGGCUCACUGUAUGCCAAUUUGUGCUCUGAUUUCCAUUUUUGUUUCUUUUCUUUUUUGCAUGAUGGUAAUUAUCACAGCAUGAUUGUUUUCGCUGAACUGAAUUUGUUAUGCGAAGAGACCACUGUCUUUAUUUUUGUACAUUGUUGAUGACUGAUGAAAUAUUUAUUAUCGGCCAGCGUCCCUGGAUGAAAUUUCAA